CUCCUCCUCCUCCUCCUCGUCCCGCUUUAUCGCCCUCCCCCCCGCCGUCCUCGUGGAGGAGCGGGGGUGCGGGAGAGCAUCGAGUCUGGCCGUCGCCGCGGGCCCCGCCGCGCCAGAGCGGGCAAGGCCCCCCCCCCCGCACCCGCCGACCCCACGACCCCGAGGGAGCGCCAUGAGCGUCGAGGAGCUGUCGGCGAAGCUGGGCAGGCUGGCGGGCGGCACCACGCAGCUGCAGAAGGUGACCUGGCUGAAGAACCACCUCGCGAAGUGGGGCAUCACCAGGGCGGGGCACCAGGGCCAAAUCACCAAAGACCAGCUGAAAUCGGCGCUCAAGACGCUGAGCCUGCCGCCCGACGGCGCCGAGGCGGUCUUCCAGGAGCUGGGCGCAGAUGGCAGGAGUGCCUUGCCAGUCGAGCAGGUGGCCGCGCUGCUGGCGGACCCCGCCGGGGCGCGCGCCGCGGGCGGCGCGCCGUCGCCGCCGGCGCGCGGCACGGCGAAGGAGGCGCGCUUCCAGGACGGCCCCGCCGACGGGGCCCGGGGCAGAGUCGAGCAGACGGGCCUGGACAAGUGGCGCACGCAGAACGCCGCCAUCGUGGGGCGGGGCGACGCCCUGGAGGACAUGGCGGCCAAGCUGUACCAGCGGUUUGGCAGCACGCGGAAAGCUUGGGAGUGGUGCGACGUGCACAGGGACGGCAACCUCACUGUGCAGGA